AAACCAAGAAAGAUUAAGCACCACCAAGAUCCACCUGCUUAAAGAAUCAGUCUAAUCGGAUAUAAGCUCAGAGUUUCAGUUCAGGUUGUUUUCUUCUUGCCGUUGUUACUCUCUUGUAGAUUGUUUUCCGGUUUCUGCUUGUGUUGCUACAGAAUAGACAUAUAUCUUUGUUCGUUUUCUUAUGAAUAUGGUUGGCAGAGUCGCAUACAGUUUAUAUUUACUUUAAUCAGAAGGCAUGGCUUCAAGACAAGAAGAGAAUGCUGAAGCAGCGGCCCGAGUUGCUGUAGACAAGCUCAGUGAUGUGAACAAAGAGAGGAGGCAUGAACAGGUAGCUGAGCUCGAGUAUCAGCGUCCAGAUAAUUAUCAACAGGCACCUGAAAGCAGAGGAACUGGGGUUCUUGGCGGCAUACUCAAAUCUGUGGGAGAUACGUUUGAGCAACUUAAGGGGACAGUUACUAGUAAAACUGACAGUACCGAUUAUACUACUGGAACGAUGGGGAAAACAGGGCAUUAUACUGAUUAUGCAGCAGAUCAGGCAAUGGGAAAAGCCGGUGAAGAUAAAGAUUACGCUUCUGAGAAAGCCAAGGAAACCAAGGAUGCCGCAAUAGGAAAAGCAGACGAAUGCAUAGAUUCCGCUGUGGAGAAGGCCAUGGAGACCAAGGACUCUGCCAUGGAUAAAGCCGAAAAGGCGAAAGAAAUUACAAUGCACAAGGCAGGUGAAUACGCAAGCUAUGCAUCAGAUAAAACAGGUGAGUAUAAGGAUUAUGCUGUGGAUCAGGUAAAGAAAUCUGCUGAUACUGUAACGGAGACAGUCAGCGAGUAUACCAAGUACACGGCUGCGAAAGCAAAAGAAGAGUCGGGUGCUGUUGCCACUAGAAUGACUGAGCUGAAGGAGUCGGCCACGGCUGCAGCACGGAGAGCUAGGGACUACUUUACUGGGAACGCAAGAGAUCUUGAUCAGAAAGCUCUAGAAGGCGGCGAUAUAAAUGAGGAGAAAUACGGGGAAACUGAAUUCAAAGCUAGACAAAAGAUGCAAGAGCUGAAGCUAAACGAAGAGGGUGUCUACGAUGAGGCUAAGCAGAGGGCUGCAGCAGACUGGGACACAGCGGCUGAUAGGGGAAUUGCGGCCAAAAAAAACAUCUAUGGUGCUGUAGGAAGCGUGAAGGAGGCCAUUAAGGAUAAGCUAACAUAUCCAACGGACAUCGUGCAGGAAGCUCGUGCCUCUCGUGAAUACGGUGGACCAAAAAGGGGGGAGAAGAUGGUGGAAGACAUCGGAGGUCCUACUGGCCCUGCAGCUGUGCCCACUAUGAGAACCUCUGAUUAGCUUGUGUGCGAUGGUAUCUAGAACUUUGGAGAUGUGAGGAGAUAGUUAUUCAGUGUGCUACCAUGAAACCCAUCUCACGGCUGUUGUACAAUGCCUACCGUUGGAAGGCAACGCCACUCUGAUGUAUGUUUUUGGAUGCUGCAGUAAUAGGCUUAAACGGCAGACUCGGGCUCAUGUUCACUUCCAA